GGCAUUCGGGUGCCGGUGGGAGCUCGGCGCGGCCCGCGUCUGCGCUGGCUGCCGCGCCCCAGUGGGCGCGUGGGAACUCCAGCCAUGCUCUUCUGGCACACGCAGCCCGAGCACUACAACCAGCACAACUCCGGCAGCUACCUGCGUGAUGUGCUCGCUCUGCCCAUCUUCAAGCAGGAGGAGCCCCAGCUGUCCCCUGAGAACGAGGCCCGCCUGCCGCCCCUGCAGUACGUGUUGUGUGCUGCCACGUCCCCAGCCGUGAAGCUGCAUGAAGAGACACUGACCUACCUCAAUCAAGGUCAGUCUUACGAAAUCCGACUAUUGGAGAAUCGGAAGCUGGGAGACUUUCAAGAUCUGAACACAAAAUAUGUCAAGAGCAUCAUCCGCGUGGUCUUCCAUGACCGCCGGCUGCAGUACACGGAGCACCAGCAGCUGGAGGGCUGGCGGUGGAGCCGGCCCGGGGACCGGAUCUUGGACAUUGAUAUUCCACUGUCUGUUGGUAUCUUGGACCCCAGGGCCAGCCCGACCCAGCUGAAUGCCGUCGAGUUUUUGUGGGACCCUGCGAAGAGAGCUUCGGCAUUCAUUCAGGUGCACUGCAUCAGCACAGAAUUCACCCCCAGGAAGCACGGGGGCGAGAAGGGAGUGCCCUUUCGAGUGCAGAUUGACACGUUUAAGCAGAAUGAGAAUGGGGAGUACACGGAGCACCUGCACUCAGCCAGCUGCCAGAUCAAGGUGUUCAAGCCGAAGGGAGCUGAUCGGAAACAGAAGACUGACCGGGAGAAGAUGGAGAAAAGAACAGCCCAGGAGAAGGAGAAAUACCAGCCAUCCUAUGAAACCACCAUCCUCACAGAGUGCUCUCCAUGGCCCGACAUGGCCUACCAGGUGAACAGCGCCCCAUCCCCAAGCUACAAUGGCUCUCCAAGCAGCUUUGGCCUCGGCGAAGGCAACACCUCUCCGACCCACCCAGUGGAGGCCCUGCCCGUGGGCAGUGACCACCUGCUCCCAUCAGCCUCCAUCCAGGAUGCCCAGCAGUGGCUCCACCGCAACAGGUUCUCGCAGUUCUCCCGGCUUUUUGCCAGCUUCUCAGGUGCAGACUUGCUGAAGAUGUCACGUGAUGAUUUGGUUCAGAUCUGUGGUCCUGCAGAUGGGAUCCGGCUCUUCAAUGCCAUCAAAGGCCGGAAUGUGAGGCCAAAGAUGACCAUUUAUGUCUGCCAGGAGCUGGAGCAGAACCGAGUGCCCCUGCAGCAGAAGCGGGAGGGCAGUGGAGACAGCAGCCUGUGUGUGUACCACGCCAUCUUCCUGGAAGAGCUGACCACCUUGGAGCUGAUUGAGAAGAUCGCGAGCCUGUACAGCAUCUCCCCCCAGCACAUCCACCGAGUCUACCGGCAGGGCCCCACCGGCAUCCAUGUGGUGGUGAGCAACGAGAUGGUACAGAAUUUCCAAGAUGAAUCCUGUUUUGUCCUCAGCACAAUUAAAGCCGAGAGCAAUGAUGGCUACCACAUCAUCCUGAAAUGUGGACUCUGAGCAGCAGUGGGCCCUGUACCUGCCUCCAACACCCAGCCGCGUGGAUCCCUGUGGAUGUAGAAAUUGCCCCACUGGAAGCUGUGGCCUCACCAGGCAAGCUGAGGCCAGGAGGGACCCUGCCCAGUCUGUGAAAGCUACAGAGCACCAACCAGCAGAAGCCUGGGGACACCAAGCACCAUGUGCGGAAAGCCAGUGGCUCCUUUCUCCCUUCCUCUUGGCCCCCAGAUUUUGAAUGGUUCCUUGUUCUUUUCUGUUGGUCCAACCCUAACGUUCUAAAAGGGCGAAAAGUAGAAACACCUGCUCUGAAACCACUCGCCCCUUAGUUGGAAGCGUCUUGGGUGUUUUGGUGCCGCCUGUCUCCGUCCCUUCUGAGCACUCUCCUGCCCCCGGAGAAAGCUCGGCUUCCCCCUGGAAGCUGGUACCCUUACCUCCUCCUCUGGGAGUUGGCUGCAUGGCCAGCACUGCUGACUCAAUGGGAGCAGUUUGCUCUCCUUCUCUUGCCUUCACGUUUGCUUCCCUUCUCAGUGACCCUGGCGAGCAUCCAUCUUUCCUGUUCUUGGAUGAAUUGAUGGGAGUGGGGCUAUUGUGUGCCUUCUACCUCUUUCUCUUCUACCUUGUUUCUAAGGAUCUGCUGCUGCGGAACCCAGAGAUGAGCUCCUCUCUCUGCAUCAGCACCUUGGCGCGGUGGAUGCCACAAUGUACGUGUGCAGCCUUUCUCUAUUUUGUAUUUUUCUUUCCGCCCCCCUCCGGAUCACAGUUCAACAGCCUUUCUCGAAGAUGUUAGUUCUGAGGCCCUUUGUGGGGAGGUUGGGGGGGGCGGUAAUAGAAAAGACUUGUAUUUCCUAGGCAAUCGUGGGUAAGGAGGAUUGGGAAGGAGCAUUCCGUUGUAUCAUCCGCUGACCUCAACCGCCACAAUACCAGGCCCUGUUGGAUGGACUUAUAGAAAGUUAGAGAAAACCUUGGUGACCCACUGCUAAAUUUGCCACAGGGGCAUUGUAUUUUCUCUGGGCGCCCCUCACUUCAAUGUUUCUCUUGGUUUGUUUGUAAGGGGUAUGUUUAGGGUGUUUUGCCUGCAUCAGAAUGGGUGUGUCAUCAUUCCUAAUGGCCUAACUGGGGAAAUGUGUGUCAGUAACUGUGGUAGACGCAGAAAUUCGUCUUUGUCUUGUCUCUGGUUCCUGGGAUCCAGUGGUCUCUGCUGGCUAGGGCUUCAGCUCUUUGUUAAUUUAGUUUCAUGGGGGAUGCCAUGACCACCUGAAUGGGAUAUCAUAGCUUCUGAAUGGAGCUUCUGUGGAAUGAAGUGCUCGAAUGAAGGAUUAUCAGAAUAAAACAAGGUCUACAAUGGGUAAGCUUGUUUUGUAGAUGAGGAAACUGAGGCUCAAAGGGGCAAAGUCACCUGCAUGGUAGCACAUAGUGAUAGGGUAGUGAUAUAAAUGUAUCAUAUAAACCAGGAUGUUUCAGAAUAAAGGGGGCCUUGUUAGUCAUUACCUUGGGUAAUAGCUGGCAUUCCUACAGAACAGAGUGAAGACAGGUUCCUGAUUCCUCCUCCUUUUUUAGAGGGGAGGUGGGGAGUUGUUAACUAACAGCUUUAGGCUGACUUCGUUUUUGGACUCAGCCCACCCACACCCGGGUGAAUUUAAAAAAAAAAA